AUGCGAGCGCUGGCCGUCCUGGGCAUCACGCUGGUUGUGGCCUGCAGCCAAGUCAUCUUCAUUCUCAUGAGGGGCAGGGACCUCCUCUGGGGGAAGUCCGAAGACUCUCACGUGCUCCGCGUCCUGGAGGAGAGCAAGCUCCGCGUGGACUCUGCCAUCGACAGCACCGUGACAAGGAACCUCAGGAAAAGAGAAAUCGUUUCUCCGUCUCAGCUUCUGUCUUUUUCCAAACUCCCUGAAGAUCNUGAGCCCACGAGCCGAGCCAUCUCCCGAGCAGCAGAGAUCAUGGAGGCGUCGGUGCAGGCGAUGAGGAGGGAGCACCCCAAACAGCCACGGCCUCCGGCAGAUGCUCUGUCAGAAGAGCUGCUGAACACCAUUGCCAACCUGUCGGGGUGCCUGGCCCACAUGCUGCCCCCCCAGUGUCCGGACACCUGCCUGGCGGACAGGUACCGGCUCGUCACGGGAGCCUGCAACAACAGAGACCACCCCAGGUGGGGCGCCGCCAACGUGGCCCUGGCCAGAUGGCUGCCGCCUGCCUAUGAAGAUGGCAUCAGCGAGCCCCGAGGCUGGAACCUCAACUUCUUAUACAACGGGGUUCCCCUGCCCCCAGUCCGGGAGGUAACAAGGCAGGUUAUCCAGGUUUCUAACGAGGCCGUGACAGAGGAUGACCGAUACUCGGAUCUGCUGACGGUGUGGGGGCAAUACAUCGGCCACGACAUUGCGUUCACGCCGCAGAGCACCAGUGAGGCUGCCUUCGGGGGAGGGUCUGGCUGCCAGCUGAGCUGCGAGAACCGGAAUCCGUGUUUUCCCAUCCAGCUCCCUGAGAACACCUCACCGACCGCUGGCGCCACCUGCCUGCCCUUCUACCGGUCGUCCGCCGCCUGUGGCACCGGGGCCCAAGGCGCCUUGUUUGGCAACCUAUCCACGGGGAACCCGCGACAACAGAUGAACGGGCUGACCUCUUUCCUGGACGCGUCCACUGUGUACGGCAGCUCCCCGGCCCUGGAGAAGCAGCUGCGGAACUGGAGCAGCGCGGAGGGGCUGCUCCGGGUCAACUCGCGCCACUGGGACGCCGGCCGGGCCUACCUGCCCUUCGUCUCGCCACGCGCGCCCUCAGCCUGCAUCCCGGAGCCGGGCGCCCAGGGCCGCGUGCCCUGCUUCCUGGCUGGGGACAACCGAGCCAGCGAGGUCCCCCCGCUGACGGCCCUGCACACGCUGUGGCUGCGGGAGCACAACCGUCUGGCCACCGCGCUCAAGGCCCUCAACCCGCACUGGAGCGCGGACACCGCCUACCAGGAGGCACGGAAGGUUGUGGGCGCCCUGCACCAGAUCAUUACCUUGCGAGAUUAUGUCCCCAAAAUCCUGGGCCCCGAGGCCUUCAGGCAGCACGUGGGCCCCUAUGAGGGCUACAACUCCACCAUGGACCCCACGGUGUCCAACGUGUUCUCCACGGCCGCCUUCCGCUUCGGCCACACCACAGUCCACCCGCUGGUGAGACGGCUGGAUGCCCACUUCCAGGAGCUCCUGCCCCCGCUGCUGCUGCGAGACGCUUUCUUCAGCCCCUGGAGGGUCCUCAAGGAAGGUGGUUUGGACCCCCUGGUGCGGGGCCUCCUCGCCAGGCCGGCCAAGCUGCAGGUGCAGGGCCAGCUGAUGAGCGAGGAGCUGACCGAGAGGCUCUUUGUGCUUUCCCCCGCGGGGACCUUCGACCUGGCCUCGCUGAACCUGCAGCGGGGCCGGGACCACGGCCUGCCAGGUUACAACGACUGGAGGGAGUUCUGCGGCCUGCCCCGGCUGCUCACCCGGGACGACCUGAGUAGCGUCAUUGCCAACGGGAGCAUCACUGACCGGAUAAUGGGCUUGUACAAGCACCUGGAUAACAUCGACGUCUGGCUGGGUGGCUUGGUGGAGGCCUUGCUGCCGAGUGCUCGAACGGGGCCCCUGUUUGCCUGCAUCAUCGGGAGACAGAUGAAGGCCCUGAGGGACGGGGACCGGUUUUGGUGGGAACACAGCGGGGUGUUCACGGAGGCGCAGAGGCAGGAGCUGGACAAGCACUCCCUGUCCCGGGUCAUCUGCGACAACACGGGCCUCCCCCGCGUGCCCCCCGAUUCCUUCCGAGUUGCAAGCUUCCCCCAGGACUUCCAGCCGUGCGAGGACGUCCCCGGCCUGAGCCUGGAAGCGUGGAGGGAGGCGGCUCCCCCAGAGGAGGCCUGCGGCUUCCCGGGGAGCGUGGAGAACGGGGACUUCGUGCUCUGCGGGGACCCGGGACGACCUGUGCUGGUGUUUUCCUGUCGCCACGGGUUCCGGCUCCAGGGCCGGGAGCAGCUCACGUGCUCCCCCCAUGGCUGGGACUUCCCGCCCCCCGUGUGUAAAGACGUCGACGAGUGCGAGGACCCGAGGGAGCCGCCCUGCCACCCCUCAGCCCGCUGCAGGAACACCAAGGGCAGCUUCCGGUGCGAGUGCGCUGACCCCUACGUGCUGGGAGAGGACGGGAGGACCUGCGUAGACUCGGGGAGGCUCCCAAGGGCAUCCUUGGUGUCCAUCGUGCUGGGCGCCCUGCUGGUCUGCGGCCUGGCAGCCUUCACCUGGACGCUGAUCUGGAGGUGGACACACUGUGACUCCAAGUCCUCACUGCCGAUCACGGAGAGAGAUGGAAAGUCAGCCUCCCCGUCGGGCUGCAGGAGGCGCCAGGACCCGAGCGUGUCGCUGUGCGGAGCCCCCGCCCAGGGCUCGGAGCAGAGCCUGCUGGGGGCAGGUGACGAGGGACAGUGA